AUGUUGUCCGUUUCAGCUCUUGGCUCGGAGGACGAGGAAAGGCUGGUGGCCGACCUCUUCUUCGGCUACAACAAGCUGAUUCGGCCAGUUGAGAACAUGACCAAAACAGUCAACGUCGAGUUUGGCCUGGCCUUCAUCCAGCUGAUCAGCGUGAAUGAAAAGAACCAGAUUAUGAAGUCCAACGUCUGGCUACGUUUGAAAUGGACCGACUAUCAGCUGCGGUGGGACGAGUCGGACUACCACGGUAUUCAGGUGCUGCGCCUGCCGCCCGACAAGGUCUGGAAACCCGACAUCGUGCUCUUCAACAACGCUGAUGGUAACUACGAGGUGCGCUACAAGUCCAACGUGCUGGUGCAUCCCAACGGAGAGGUACUCUGGAUUCCACCGGCCAUUUACCAGAGCUCGUGCACGAUCGACGUCACGUACUUCCCGUUCGACCAGCAGACGUGUGUGAUGAAGUUCGGCAGCUGGACUUUCAACGGCGACCAGGUCUCGCUCAAGCUGUUCAACAACAAGGAGUUCGUCGAUCUCUCCGACUACUGGAAGUCGGGCACCUGGGACAUCGUCGAGGUGCCCGCCUACCUCAACCACAAGAACCAGACGACGCCCAAAGAGACGGACAUCACCUUCUGGAUCACGAUCCGGCGCAAGACGCUGUUCUACACGGUGAACUUGAUUCUGCCGACAGUGCUCAUUUCGUUCCUGUGCGUGCUGGUGUUCUACCUGCCGGCUGAGGCCGGAGAGAAGGUGACGCUGGGAAUCAGCAUCCUGCUCUCGCUGGUGGUGUUCCUGCUGCUCGUCUCCAAGAUCCUGCCGCCGACGUCGCUGGUGCUGCCGCUGAUCGCCAAGUACCUGCUCUUCACCUUCGUCAUGAACACGUUAUCCAUCCUGGUGACGGUGGUCAUCAUCAACUGGAACUUCCGCGGGCCGCGCACCCACCACAUGCCCAACUGGAUACGGGUCGUCUUCCUCAAGUACAUGCCUAUUUUCCUAUUCAUGAAGCGGCCGCGGAAGACCCGUUUGCGGUGGAUGAUGGAGGGACCGGGCGGGGGCGGGCACACGCCCGGAGGCGGUCACGCGCCGCCGCCGUUCGCCAGUCCCGACCUCUCCACCAACUACUCCAAGCCCAAGAUGGAGACCAUGGAGCUCUCCGACAUGCACCACCCCAACUGCAAGAUCAGCCGCGGCGGGGUCGGCCUCGACCCGCACGGCACGGACGUGCGCCGGGACAGUGAUGUCUCCGACUCCGUGUUCCUAACCGCCGAGGCCUAUAAGGCCACAGAGGCCGUCGAGUUUAUCGCCGAACACCUGAGGAACGAGAACGAGUACAUACAGAUCCGCGAGGACUGGAAGUACGUUGCCAUGGUGAUCGACCGACUGCAGCUGUACCUCUUCUUUGCCGUCACCACGGCCGGCACGAUCGGCAUCUUGAUGGACGCGCCGCAUAUCUUCGAGUACGUCGACCAAGACAAGAUUAUCGACAUCUACCAGGGUCGGUAGAGUGCGACACACAGCAGACCCUCGGACGCCGGGUCCACAGAUGAGCUGCCAGGGCCCGGGACUAACGGUCCACCAGGUACUCCAAAAGUUGAUCCAGCAGACCCUCCAGACCAACUGAUCUGACAGGGUCGAGAGAUGGGUGAUUUACCAGACAUACCGACGAUUCUCUCAGCCGACCGAAGGCGUGUCGUCUGCAGGCCACCGCCGCAGGUCCCGUUUUGAGCGCCACCUGCUGACGAAAGGCGCGGCGCGGGCGUUCGGUAGCGAUGGCUGGCGCCCCUGUGGUUCCCCCAACAGGGACCGGCGCCUCUGUUAAACGAAUGACGGCCGCCUCGACCCGGUGUGCGCCGGCUGGCGGUGGCGACGAAUGGUGCUGCACGUCAGAGGUCUGUUUCGCAGAGCCCGGCAGGGCUGGCGCCGGGCUCAGGAGCACGACAGCCUAUUGUGCUAUUGGUAGCCGCCGCGUCGGGCGGAAGGGGACGCCGCCGCUCCCGACUUCCCACACCAUCAGAAAUUAGACAGGCAGUGGUAACAAGUAGAUGCUGCGAUAUCGGUAGAUUUACCAUCCCCCACACAAGGUAGCGUUUUUGGCCAGCUGAUGUAGACAGUUUAGAACAGAGAAUACCCGACAAUGCGCUCUGCAGUGGACUCUAGACCGUGACUAACCCUUUUCCCGGUAAACUCGGGCACCAGUCGACGUUGCCAACUGAUCGGUGUUGCCAGAUAGAGUGGCUAAUUGCCAGUCGCGCAGUGGACCGCUGGAAGUUAGUUAACCCAUGUAUCGUAGCGUUUAGCACGUGCGCUGUGUGGGACACCGCCGCUCUGGUGUUCUGUCGUUGAAAUGCUCAAUACGGCCGGUGGCUGGCGCCGCGCGCCGAGGCGCCCCGCCGAGAGGUCUGCUCUGCCGUGUCCCCCUUUUCUACAGAAUACGGGUGAGCUGUCGGUGGCGCCCGGCGUUUGAUUGGUGCAGCGCACGCUGACGUCACCCGGAAGUUGUCUGGCGGCAGCUGGGCUGGAGUUCGACGCUGUUCCGUCGUGUGGCACUCGCGCCCGUCGUGCGCUGGACAGCCCGUGAGGUUCGCACGUGUCACGAUGAGUCUCUUGGAGCAGCCACCACCGGCAGAGAAGCUGCCGAGUACUCAGAUUGUACCACUCGCCGGCUGACAGAGACGGGACGGCGCUGCCCAGGGCACCCGACAGCUCCUCUGUGACGGUCAGGCUGGACACGACUGCAAGCCCCUGUGACUUACACCAAGCAACUCACUCCCGUCAGCAGCUCCUCACACUCACACUCCAGUCAGUUGCUCCCCACAUACUCCCUCUCUCCCGCCAGCUCCCACUCCCACACUCCCAUCCCUCCACACUCGCGUCAGCUGGUCCCCACACUCCAGCCAACUGCUCCCCACACUCCUAUCAGCUGCUCCCACACUACCAACUCCCCACACUCCCGUCAGCUGCUCCCCACACCCCUGGCAGCUGCUCUCCAAUCCCACCAGCUGCUUUCCCACUUUCCGGUCGCUCUCAAUCCUUCUCACUCCCCACACUCCGAUCCUUCCACAUUUCCGUCAGCUGCCCCCACACUCCCAUCAGCUGCGCCUCACUUUCCCACUCCGGUCAUCCGUUCCACACACUCCUGUCAGCUGUUUCCCGGGCUGCUGGCAGCUGUUCUCCGGGCUGCUGGCAGCUGUUUCCGAGCUGCUGUCAGCUGCGCCCCGAGCUGCUGUGAUACGCUGGCGCAGAAUUGCAAGAAUUGCAACUCGGGCAAAACCAUCCUCUUCCCGACGCUAUCACUGCAAGGAAUAGGUUAGAUUAGAUGGAAUCGAACUGAACAAUUUCGGGCCUAAAGGAAAAACAUGCUGUCACCGAUGAUAUCUUCACCAGCAAUAAGCUAUCAUGAAAGGAGGACGUACUGAAAUCUGUCAUUGUUGCGGCCCGUGUCGCUCUCACUGUCCUGUGGUAGUCACUGCAGGCGUUAGGGGAUGGCAGUGGGGACAGAGGUGCCAUCUGCGUGCGGCGCUCAGCGGCUGCCGCAGAGAAACGGCGUCGGCCGGUGAGGAUGGGCCGCGCCCUACCAGCAUUGCUCAAACAAGGUUCGAUCCAUAGUCGAUAACGGCGGGCCGACGGCGCCGACGCGGUGCGACGGGCGCCGCCGAGGCGCGGCCAUCUUCCGCUGCUGGUGCUGCGCCGUGUGUGCGUGUGUGUAUGUCUGUGUGUCGGGGUGUGUGCGGAUGAAGUCAUCCCUCGCGGUCCCCGGCGCCGGUCGUUUUCCCUGAGUGCGAGGCGGUGCGCUCGCCGCGAACUCGGCUGUCGGUACUCGGUGUGGACAAAUGGGGAAGGGCGAGUGCGUGCGUUGUUAACGGAGGAGACUCGGAGAGCAGGACGUGUUGCACGGGCUUCUGCUGUGUGUGGCGUUACUAGUAGUGUGCAGUGGCCAGCGCGAUUUGUACCAUAGUGUAAGUAAACUCGGUUGUUUUAAGUAAUAAAGAUGAAACAAAGCCGCGA